AUGAAUCCAAGCGGCCUCGGGGCGUCCAUGUGGGCGUCGGCCAGGAGACGCCCCUACGAACGAUCUUUCGACACCCGCUCGAAAUCCAUGCCCCCCGUUUCAGCCUUGCCGACACAGCCAAGCUCCGAGCCGACGGCCGUCCUGCCCUCAGCCUCGUCCGCCUCGCUGUCGCCGCUGCAGGCCUUUCACAGGUUCGAGCAGGCGUGCCAGCGCCUGCGGUGGAAGUACAUCGACCUCGAGUCCUCGUACCAGCGCGCGCUGUCCCCGCAGGACUACGGCUUCUCGACGCAAGACGCAGAGGUCAACUUCAAGGUCGACUUUCACGAGUUCUACGUCCGCAUCGAGCAGGCGCUGGUGUUUGUCCUCUUCGUCUUCGGCAUUACGGUCCCUAGGGGGAGUGGCGGGCCGAGAAGCCAGGCGGCGCAUACAUAUCAUCAUAACGUGCUCAAGACGUUGGAAGAGGAGGACAAUCCGCUGUUUGAGGCGCUGGGGAGAGGGGAUGUCAAUCAUGCGCUGUGGAAGGCCAAAGAGCUGCGGAAUCGGUGGAAAGAUGCGGCCGAGGGGAGAGAGACGCCGCCGCUCAAGAUGUAUGAUUUGACGUGGAUCGUGAGACAGGUGCUUGGAGGCCUGGAGGUGUCGUAUGGCAUCGCGGCUGGGAGGAUUGAACAGCUCAGGAUGGAGGGCGAUGGGCUCGCGGAGAAUGGAGACGCGGGCGGUGAUGCUGGGGACGGCGAUGGGUGGGAUUGGAUGGUGGAAAUGGAUUGGGAGGCGUGA